CCGUAAGCUAAGCUGCGAGAUUAAUCAACUGCGGUGGAACCAACCGGAGACUCGGCGAAGCGGGAAAAUCAGGUACAUUUCCACCCGCAAGGCUGCAACUUGUGAGCGCCUCGAGCUCCUUCAUUUCUCUCCAACUUCAUCCUCCUCUUCAUUCAACAAUGGCCGAUUCAAAGCCACCUGCGACGGUCGAGCCGGCCAGCGAGACCAAUGGCAAUCAAGAUUUCGUCGUUGUCAAUGAGUCUCCUGCCGAUAACCUGGCUUCGUUCUUAGCUUCUGAGAUCACAGACUACCGUGGCUGGCGGCUACGGGAUGAGCGUGGAAGAAACACUUGGCACUACCUAGAGACAGAGGAGCAGCGGAAAGAAUGGCCUCAGACUAUUUCUGACAAAUACUUUCUGGGCCUGGACACUGAUCUUCCAGCCCUUGAACCCGCAAAGAAGCCGACUCAGUCAAUUAACAAUGGUCUCUCAUUCUUUUCUAAACUUCAACUGCCCCCCGGAAACUGGGCAUGCGAAUACGGCGGUCCGUUGUUUUUGCUGCCAGGUCUGGUCAUUACCUGGUAUGUCACUGGUACACCAAUCCCGGCGUCGCACUCGACCGAAAUCAAGAAUUACUUGUUCGCAAGACAGAACCCGGAGGAUGGAGGGUGGGGAUUACAUAUCGAAGCCGAAAGCUCGGUUUUUGGAACAGCAAUGAACUACGUAACACUGAGACUGCUGGGUGCGGAUGAAGAUGAUCCGAGGAUGAUCAUGGCCCGGGCAACCCUACACAGAUUUGGAGGCGCUGUCAAUGGUCCGCACUGGGCCAAGUUCUGGCUUAGCGUUUUGGGUGUCUGCGAGUGGGAUGCAGUCAAUCCUGUCCCUCCAGAGCUUUGGCUACUACCUGACUGGACGCCAAUUGCGCCAUGGAGAUGGUGGAUCCACAUGCGACAAGUCUUCCUGCCCAUGUCUUUUGUCUACUCAAAGAAGUUCUCCGCUCCGCUUGACCCGUUGACACGACAGCUAAGAGAGGAGAUCUACACGCAAUCAUAUUCCAGCAUCAAUUUUGCCAGCCACCGCAAUAGCAUUUCUGAGCACGACAACUUCCAUCCCAAGACAUGGAUACUCAAUACGAUUAACUGGGGUCUUGUCAAUAUCUGGAACCCACUCAUCCGAGUCAAGUCUUUGGUCAAGAAGGCUGAAGACUGGGCAUAUGAGUUGAUUAAGAUGGAGGAUGAGAAUACCGAUUACGCCAAUCUCGGACCUGUUAAUGGCCCGAUGAAUCUGCUGUGUUGUUACAUUCACGAUGGUCCAGACAGUUACUCGGUACGCCGUCAUCGAGAGAGAAUGCACGACUUCCUGUGGGUCAAGAACGAAGGCAUGCUCAUGAACGGCACCAAUGGUGUACAAACAUGGGACACCUCUUUCCUAAUUCAGGCCGUGGUGGAUGCCGGUCUCGCCAAGGAUCCCAAGUGGAAGCCAAUGCUCGAAAAGGCAUUGGAAUUCUUGGAAGACCAGCAGAUCAGAGAAAACUGCCCCAAGCAGGACGUCUGUUAUCGUCAGCGCCGCAAGGGUGCCUGGGCUUUUAGUACAAGAGACCAAGGAUACACCGUCAGCGACUGCACAUCUGAAGCUCUCAAGGCUGUUUUGAUGUUGCAGAAGGCGAAUGGAUAUCCCCAGCUAAUCUCAGAGCAGCGAAUGAAGGACGCGAUUGACACUUUGCUGACGAUGCAAAAUGCUUCUGGCGGCUUUUCUUCUUAUGAACCUACUCGAGGCUCCGAAUACCUGGAAUAUCUUAAUGCGGCAGAGGUCUUUGGCCGUAUCAUGGUCGAAUACGAUUAUCCCGAAUGCACGACGGCCGUUGUCACCGCGUUUUCUAUCUUCACCAACUACUAUCCUGAUUAUCGUCGAAAUGAGAUUGAAAAGUCCAAGGAACGAGCCGUCAAGUACAUCCGUCGUGCCCAGCGCAAAGACGGCAGCUGGUAUGGUAGCUGGGGCAUCUGUUUUACUUACGCAACCAUGUUUGCCCUGGAGAGUUUGGCUAGCGUCGGCGAGAAUUUUAUGAAUAGCGAGAAAGUACGAAAUGCUUGUGGCUUUUUGCUCUUGAACCAGAUGGAUGACGGAGGUUGGGGCGAGUCUUACAAGAGUUGCGAAACUGGCAGCUAUAUUCCCUCGAUUCGAUCGCAAGUCGUACAGACCGCUUGGGCUUGUAUUGCUCUCAUGGAAGCUGGGUUCCCGGAAAGGGAACCUCUUGAAAGAGCUAUCCGGAUGAUUAUGAGUCGACAGCAAUCGAAUGGCGAGUGGCUUCAGGAAAAUAUUGAAGGUGUUUUCAACAAGAGCUGUAUGAUUUCAUACCCGAACUACAAGUUCAUCUUCCCUAUUAAAGCCAUGGGCAUGUUUAUUGAGCGGUUCGGCGAUAUUGAAAUUUUGUAAAAGCAUAAUUUCGCGUGCAAAAAAAAAGCGCUUAAGCAUAUAUUACCGGUAUAUACAUUUAAUUAUAGACUAAUAUCUUCAUUAAGAACACGGGG